CGAUCCGGCGCCCCGCUCUCCUCCGCUUGGGAAGCCGCGCGGCUCCGGACGCAGCGCUCGCCUUCCGCCCUCGGGAGGCUCCGGAGUCGGGAAGGGAAGCGUCCACCGCCUCCUGCUCGCUUCCCCGGCGCGCUCUGCCCGUCCUCCGGCUGCCUUCUCGCCUCCUCCGCUUCAGGCGAGGCUGCCUUCUCUGGCCCGCCGCUGCCCACCGCCCGCCCGCAGGGAGAGGAAGAGGAGGGGAGCGGGAUGGAGGCCCCCGCCGCAGGUGAGCUGGCCGCCUUCCAGAAGGAGCUGCGGACCUUCAGCCUCUGGGACUACGGCGUCUUCGGCCUGAUGCUGCUGGUCUCCACGGGCAUCGGGCUCUUCCACGCACUGUCCAGGGGCGGCCAGAAGACCCCCGAGGACUUCUUCACGGGCAGCCGGGCCAUGUCGGCCCUGCCGGUGGGCCUCUCCCUCUCGGCCAGCUUCAUGUCGGCCAUCCAGGUGCUGGGCGUCCCGGCCGAGGCCUACCGCUACGGCAUGAAGUUCCUCUGGAUGUGCCUGGGGCAGAUGCUCAACUCCCUGCUCACCGCCUACCUCUUCCUGCCCGUCUUCUACCGCCUGGGGCUCACCAGUACCUACGAGUACCUGGAGCUGCGCUUCUCCAAGAAGGUCCGGCUGUGUGGCACAAUCCAGUACAUCAUUGCCACGGUGCUGUACACGGGAAUCGUCAUCUACGCCCCUGCCUUGAUCCUCAACCAAGGACCCGGCAAAGUGCCCAGAGGGCUCUCAGCUGGCUUCAGCCUGGACCCCCACAGCCGGUACACGUUCUGGACCUUCCUCUUCGGAGGGACGCUGCUCUGGCUGUCCAUGUACGGGGUCAACCAGGCCCAAGUCCAGCGUUACGUGGCCUGCAAGACGGAGAAGGAAGCGAAGCUGGCCCUCCUGGUCAACCAAGUGGGGCUCUUCGUCAUUGUCUCCUGCGCAGUCGGCUGUGGCAUUGUGAUGUUUGCGCUCUACAAGGACUGCGAUCCACUCGUGGCCGGAUAUAUUUCUGCGCCUGACCAGUACAUGCCCUACCUGGUCCUGGACAUCUUCGAGAGCUGCCCGGGGGUGCCCGGCCUCUUCCUGGCCUGCGCUUACAGUGGCACUUUGAGCACGGCCUCCACCAGCAUCAACGCCAUGGCGGCCGUCACCAUGGAGGACCUGAUCAAGCCGAAGAUGCCCACCCUGUCACCACGGAAACUCGCCCUGGUCUCCAAGGGGCUCUCCUUAAUUUACGGCACUGCCUGCAUCACCGUGGCGGCUCUUUCGUCCUUGCUUGGAGGGGGGGUGCUGCAGGGCUCCUUCACGGUCAUGGGGGUGGUCAGUGGGCCCCUCCUGGGCGCCUUCAUCCUGGGCAUGUUCUUCCCCACCUGCAACACCUGGGGGGUUUUCUCCGGCCUCGGCGUUGGCUUCCUCCUCUCCUUUUGGGUCGCUGUGGGGGGCACCCUCUACCCCCCCAGUGCCAGCACCAUGGGCGUCCUGCCCUCCUACGCAGACCUCUGCCCCCUCUACAACGUCUCCCAGGGGGCCAACAGCACCCUGCUCUACGGGCCGCUGCCCCCCCAGACACCCCUGGAGCAGCCAGAGAGGCCGGCCAUUGCAGACGACUUCUAUGCCAUCUCCUACCUCUACUACGGGGCCCUGGGCACCCUCAGCACGGUGGCUGCUGGGCUCUUGACCAGCUGCCUGAAAGGCUCUGCUGGUGAGGGGAGCAAGCGCCCAGCGGUGCUGUGGUGGGAUGUCAUGAAGAGGCCGCUGGAGACGACCCCCGAGGAGGACACUGCUGGUCCGCAGAAGGAGGCACUGGACUCGGCCUCCCUGGCUCUUGGCUUCGGGGGGGAGGAGAAGAGCCUGCUGGCCGCGGGGGAGGCGGCCCUCCCCAGGGGCUCCGCAGAGUCCGUCUGCACCUGCCAGGCUCUGGACCACGGCUGCUUCCACCUCCUCCGAGAGACUUGCGUCUAGGGCCGGAGGGCGGCGGGAGAGCAGAAGGACAUCGGACUCUCCAAGGGAUGAAGGCAAAGACACCUCCCCAAGUGGACGGACACAUUCCUCACCCGGGGGCCGUUUCUCCCCUGCGUCUGCCUUACGCCAGCCGCUCCUGAGGGCCCCAUGCCAAGUAGACAGGGGUGUGCCAUUGUGCAAAA